GAACGAUUCAGCCCUGCGGACCCGAGGUCAACAGAAGGCGACAGCAGGGAAGCACAGCGGCCACAGAGAUGUCUCCGUGCUCAGCAACUCCGGCUUCACCUUUUCUUUCUCUAACAUCCCUUUCCUCUGGGGCAGGCCCCAAACCGGCUCCGCCGCCCACCCUCGGUUGCCUGGGAAGCGGCUACCACGAGGCCACGAGUCGGCAGCGAGUGCACGCACCUCCCGCUCCCGGCAGCAGCGGCGGCGGCGGUGCGCCUGCGCACAGGCCGAGUCACGCGCUGUGCGGCGAGCCGCGGGGGCGGGUCGGCGCCCGGGGGGGGCUGUCAUUCGCUGCGCAGGUCGCCGCCCUCAGCUGCGCCGGGCGGUUCCGGGUUCUCCCUCUCCCGCGCCUCAGACCACCAUGGUGCUGGAGUCGGUGGUCGCGGACUUGCUGAACCGCUUCCUGGGGGACUAUGUGGAGAACCUGAACAAGUCCCAGCUGAAGCUGGGGAUCUGGGGCGGUAAUGUGGCUUUAGAUGAUCUACAAAUAAAAGAAAAUGCUCUGAGUGAAUUGGAUGUUCCUUUUAAAGUCAGGGCUGGCCAAAUUGAUAAAUUAACUUUGAAGAUUCCUUGGAAGAACCUUUAUGGAGAAGCUGUUGUUGCGACCCUAGAGGGAUUAUACCUGCUUGUUGUCCCUGGGGCAAGUAUUAAAUAUGAUGCUGAAAAGGAAGAAAAAUCCUUGCAAGAUAUUAAACAGAAAGAGUUAUCCCGAAUUGAAGAAGCCCUUCAAAAAGCAGCGGAGAAAGAUAAACCAAAAGAAGCCAAAAAGGAUACAUUGUUGGAAAAAUUGGCAACUCAAGUAAUUAAAAAUGUACAAGUAAAAAUCACAGACAUUCACAUUAAAUAUGAAGAUGAUGUAACAGAUCCAAAGCGGCCUCUUUCAUUUGGUGUCACACUGGGAGAACUUAGUCUAUUGACUGCAAAUGAAUACUGGACUCCAUGCAUAUUAAAUGAAGCAGAAAAAAUUAUAUACAAGCUUAUACGGCUUGAUAGUCUCAGUGCCUACUGGAAUGUUAACUGCGUCAUGUCUUACCCGGAGUCAAGGGAACACAUCUUGGGUCAGCUGAAAAGUGAAAUUCUUACAAGUAACAAUAUACCCCCAAACCAUCAAUACAUUUUCCAGCCAAUAUCAGCCUCUGCAAAACUCUACAUGAAUCCUUAUGCAGAAACAGAGCUCAAAACACCUAAACUUGAUUGGAACAUAGAAGUACAAAAUAUUGCCAUUGAAUUGACCAAACCUCAGUACUUAAGUAUGAUUGACCUUUUGGAAUCAGUGGAUUAUAUGGUUAGAAAUGCUCCUUACAGGAAAUAUAAGCCUUAUUUACCACUUCAUACCAAUGGUCGACAAUGGUGGAAAUAUGCAAUUGAUUCUGUUCUUGAAGUUCACAUAAGAAGGUAUACACGGAUGUGGUCAUGGAGUAACAUAAAAAAACACAGGCAAUUGCUCAAGAGUUAUAAAAGUGCCUACAAAAAUAAGCUAACCCAGACUAAAGUCCCAGAAGAAAUACAGAAACAAAUUCAGGAUUUGGAGAGGCCACUAGAUGUUUUUAACAUAAUUUUAGCAAGGCAACAAGCACAAGUUGAGGUGAUUCGAUCUGGGCAAAAAUUAAGGAAAAAGUCUACUGACAGAGGCGAGAAACGUGGAGGCUGGUUUAGUGGGUUUUGGGGUAAGAAGGAAUCUAAGAAAAAAGAUGAAGAAUCUUUGAUUCCUGAAACUAUUGAUGACCUUAUGACACCAGAGGAAAAAGAUAAGCUCUUCACGGCUAUUGGUUAUAGUGAGAGCACCCACAACCUAACUUUACCCAAGCAGUAUGUUGCUUAUAUUGUGGCACUGAAGUUAGUAAGCACCUCUGUUACAAUAAGAGAAAACAGAAAUAUUCCAGAAAUACUGAAAAUUCAGAUAAUUGGCCUUGGCACCCAAGUAUCUCAGCGACCAGGAGCACAAGCACUUAAGGUGGAAGCAAAAUUAGAACACUGGUAUAUAACAGGUCUGAGACAGCAAGAUAUUGUACCAUCACUUGUGGCUUCAAUUGGUGAUACUGCAUCAUCCUUGCUUAAAAUUGAAUUUGAAACCAAUCCAGAGAAUAGUACUGCUGACCAGACUUUGGUUGUUCAGUCUCAGCCUGUGGAGGUCAUCUACGAUGCUAAAACCAUCAAUGCAGUGGUUGAAUUCUUUCAGUCAAAUAGGGGAUUAGAUCUUGAGCAAAUAACAUCAGCUACAUUGAUGAAGCUGGAAGAAAUUAAAGAGAGAACAGCUACAGGACUUACACAUAUUAUUGAAACCCGAAAAGUUCUUGAUUUAAGGAUAAAUCUGAAGCCCUCGUAUCUAAUAGUUCCACAGACAGGUUUCCACCAUGAAAAGUCAGAUCUUCUCAUCUUAGAUUUUGGUACAUUUCAGCUUAACAGUAAAGAUCAGGGUUUGCAGAAGACUAGUAAUUCAUCUCUGGAAGAAAUAAUGGAUAAGGCAUAUGACAAGUUUGAUGUGGAAAUAAAAAGUGUGCAACUACUCUUUGCAAGAGCAGAUGAAAACUGGAAAAAGUGUCGAUUUCAGCAUCCAUCAACUAUGCAUAUAUUGCAACCCAUGGAUAUUCACGUUGAGUUGGCCAAGGCAAUGGUGGAAAAAGACAUUAGAAUGGCUAGAUUUAAAGUAUCUGGAGGGCUUCCUCUGAUGCACGUGAGAAUUUCUGAUCAGAAGAUGAAAGACAUGCUACAUUUGAUUAACAGUAUACCCUUGCCACAGAAAUCAUCUGCACAGUCUCCAGAGAGACAGGUAUCCUCAAUUCCUGUAACAACAGCUAGUACAAAAGGCCUACUUGGUACGCCACUGUUGCUAGAUGGAGUGGAAUCAGGGGAGGAAGAGUCUGAUGAUGAGUAUUUUGAUGCUGAGGAUGGAGACACACAGACUGGUAAAAGUAUGAAAGGGUCAGACAUAAAAAAGGUUGCUGAGGCCCCAAAUGAGGAGCUCAUUAAUCUUCUACUGAAGUUUGAAGUUAAAGAAGUGAUUUUGGAAUUUACCAAACAACAGAAGGAAGAGGAUACAAUUCUAGUGUUUAAUGUUACUCAGUUAGGAACAGAGUCUACAAUGAGAACAUUUGAUUUAACUGCGAUAACUUACUUAAAGAAAAUCAGCUUGGAUUACUAUGAAAUUCAAGGGUCCAAAAAGAAGCCCCUUCACUUGAUUAGCUCUUCUGACAAACCUGGAUUAGAUCUCUUAAAAGCGGAGUACAUUAAGGCUGAUAAGAAUGGACCCAGUUUUCAAACUAGUUUUGAAAAAACUGAACAAACACUUAAGGUGGCUUUUUCAUCUUUAAACCUGUUGCUGCAUACACAAGCUCUUCUCUCUUCUCUUAAUUACCUGACAACCAUAAUUCCAUCAGAUGGCCAAAACAUGGGUGAUACCAAGGAAGUACAAGUUUCUACUGAAAAGCAACAAAAAAAUUCAGCUCUGCAGAAAAUGAUUGUAUCCUCUAAGGAGAGUGACAUUAUUCACUUCAGGCUGUUUGCCAAGUUGAAUGCUUUCUGUGUUAUUGUUUGUGAUGAGAAGAACAAUAUUGCUGAAAUCAAGAUUCAAGGACUUGAUUCUUUCCUUUCUCUUCAGUCAAGAAAACAGUCACUAUUUGCCAGAUUGGAAAAUAUUAUUGUCACAGAUGUUGAUCCUAAGACAGUUCAUAAAAAAGCUGUGUCAAUAAUGGGAAAUGAAGUCUUUCAUUUUAACUUGGAUUUGUAUCCAGAUGCUACUGAGGGGGAUUCCUAUACUGACAUGUCCAAAGUGGAUAGUGUGGUGUCACUGAACGUUGGCUGUAUUCAGAUUGUCUAUCUCCAUAAAUUCCUCAUGUCACUUCUGAACUUCCUGAACAAUUUCCAGACAGCCAAAGAGGCUCUGAGUGCUGCCACUGCUCAGGCUGCAGAAAAGGCUGCCACAAGUGUGAAAGAUUUUGCCCAGAGGAGCUUUCGUGUUUCUAUCAAUAUUGAUUUGAAAGCACCAGUUAUAGUCAUCCCACAGUCUUCCAUUUCCACCAAUGCAGUAGUGGUAGAUCUUGGGUUAAUCAGAGUUCACAAUCAGUUCAGUCUGAUAUCUGGUGAAGACUACUCAGACCCUCCAGUAAUUGAUAGAAUGGAUGUGCAGCUAACAAAGCUUAAGCUUUCUAGGACAGUGAUCCAGCCAGGCAUCUCCCAUCCUGAUAUUCAGCUGUUGCAUCCAAUUAAUUUGGAGUUUUAUGUUAAUCGGAAUCUAGCUGCAUCUUGGUACCACAAGGUGCCUGUUGUGGAAAUUAAAGGUCAUCUUGAGUCAAUGAAUGUUAAUCUAAAUCAAGAAGAUCUUAAUCUUUUAUUUCGAAUACUAGCAGAAAAUCUUGGUGAGGCUACUGAAGACUUGAAUAAAGUGAAACCAAGAGUGCAAGACACAGGUGAAACUAAAGAGCCACUUGAAAUCUCUACAUUAAAACAAGAUAUGCAUGUUUCACAAGAUAGUUUAACAGCUGGAGUGGAAGAAAUUAGAUCUGUAGACAUCAUUAAUAUGCUGCUGAAAUUUGAAAUCAAAGAGGUCGUGAUUACUUUGAUGGAAAAAGCAGAAAAGAAAGGAAGGCCUUUAUGUGAACUAAAUGUCCUGCAGCUUGGACUGGAAGCUAGAGUUAAAGCCUACGACCUGACUGCUGAAGCUUAUCUAAAAAAAAUUAGUAUGCAAUGCUUUGAGUUCACUGACUCUAAAGGAGAACCUCUUCACAUUAUUAACUCUUCUAAUGUAACAGAUGAACCCCUUCUGAAAAUGUUAUUGAAAAAGGCGGACAGUGAUGGACCAGAAUUUAAAACCAUCCAUGAUAGUACCAAACAAAGACUUCAGGUUUCAUUUUCAUCCUUAAACUUAGUUCUUCAUUUGGAAGCUUUACUGUCCUUCAUGGAUUUUUUAUCAUCUGCUUUUCCAUCCUCUGAACCUUCUAAGAAGGAAUCGGAGCUGAAGCCACUUAUGGGGGAGUCCAGAAGUAUCAUUGCCAAAACUGUAUCCAGCAACACUUCUCAAGAUGAUGUGUUUGAUUUAAAGGUCAUAGCUGAAUUAAAUGCAUUUAAUGUCUUUGUCUGUGAUCAGAAGUAUAAUAUUGCAGAUAUUAGAAUACAUGGAAUGGAUGCCUCUAUUUCUGUGAGGCCAAAGCAGACCGACAUGUUUGCCAGACUUAAGGAUAUCAUAGUUAUGAAUGUUGAUUCGACUUCCAUUCACAAAAAGGCUGUCUCUAUUUUGGGAGAUGAAGUCUUUAGGUUCCAAAUGACUCUUUAUCCAGACGCCACAGAAGGAAAGGCCUAUGCUGAUAUGUCUAAAGUAGAUGGCAAACUUACUCUCAAAGUGGGUUGUAUUCAAAUUGUUUAUGUUCAUAAAUUCUUCAUGUCUCUUCUGAACUUCCUCAACAAUUUUCAAACUGCCAAAGAAGCUUUGAGCACAGCUACAGUCCAGGCUGCAGAAAGAGCUGCUUCCAGCAUGAAAGACUUGGCUGAAAAGAGCUUCCGCCUUUUGAUGGAUAUCAAUUUGAAAGCACCAGUUAUUAUCAUUCCUCAGUCUUCAGUAUCGCCUAAUGCUGUUAUAGCAGAUCUGGGUUUAAUCAAAGUUGAAAACCAAUUUAGUGUAGUUUCUGUGGAACAGUAUUCUCUUCCCCCAGUCAUUGAUAAAAUGAACAUCCAACUCACUCAGCUGAAGCUGUCCAGAACAAUUUUGCAGGCUGGCUUACCACAGCAUGACAUUGAAAUUUUAAAACCAGUCAACAUGCUUUUAUCCAUACAGCGAAAUUUAGCAGCAUCAUGGUAUGUGAAAAUUCCAGGGAUGGAGAUAAAAGGAAAACUAAAACCUAUGCAGGUUGCUCUCAGUAAAGAUGACUUAACAGUUUUAAUGAAAAUUUUGGUAGAGAAUCUUGGAGAAGCUUCUUCACAGCCAAGCCCUACACAGUCUACCCAGGAGGCUAUAAGAGUAAGAAAAGACGUUUCCAGUAGACCUGACCACCUCAAAGAACAAGAAGAUGGGACAGACUCAAAGCUUUCUUUGGACCAGAAUGUCACUCUCCAGUUUGACUUUCACUUUGAAUCUCUUUCUAUUAUACUUUAUAACAGUGAUCCCCACCAGGAAUCCAAACUUUCAUUUCAUAAUGACAGUUUCCGGCUUGGUGAACUCAGACUACAUCUUAUGGCCUCUUCAGGGAAGAUGUUUAAGGAUGGCUCAAUGAAUGUCAAUAUUAAACUUAAGACAUGCACCCUUGAUGAUCUCAGAGAAGGAAUUGAGAGAGCAACAUCAAGAAUGAUUGAUAAGAAGAAUGGCCAAGAUAACAACAGUUCUAUGAUUGACAUAAGUUACACACAAGACAAGAAUGGAAGUCAUAUUGAUGCUGUUCUUGACAAGCUGUAUGUUUGUGCCAGCGUGGAAUUUCUGAUGACUGUGGCAGAUUUCUUUAUCAAAGCUGUACCUCAGAGUCCAGAAAAUAUGGCUAAAGAAUCACAGAUUCCACUGCGACAGACUGCCUUAGCAAAAAUCAAGAUGGAGAAAGAUGACUCUGUAAGACCAAAUAUGACUUUAAACGCCAAGAUCACAGAUCCAGAAGUGGUGUUUGUUGCCAACCUGACAAAGGCUGAUGCUCCCGCUCUGACAGCCUCAUUCCGGUGUAACCUCUGUCUAUCGACAUCCAAACUCGAACAGAUAAUGAAAGCUUCUGUGAGAGAUCUUAAAGUGCUUGCUUGCCCUUUUCUCAGAGAAAAGAGAGGAGAAAACAUUACCACAAUCUUACAGCCCUGUUCUCUAUUUAUGAAAAAAUGUACAUGGGCUUCAGGAAAAGAAGAUAUAAAUAUUGAAGUUGAAGAAUUUAUAAUUAAGAUUUCACCCAUAAUUCUUAAUACUGUGAUGACAAUAAUGGCUGCUCUGUCUCCAAAGACAAAAGAAGAUGGAUCCAAAGAUAUAUCUAAGGAAACGGAACAUCUUUGGGGUGUCAAAUCUAUUAGUGAUUUUAACUCUUGGUUUCUUGGUGUUGACAUGGCCACAGAAAUAACAGAAAAUUUCAGAGACAUUGAAACUCCACUGAUAGAGGAAAAUUGUGCUGUUGUUGUCCAGUCAGUUCAAGUUACCUUAGAAUGUGGUCUUGGGCAUCGAACUGUACCUCUAUUACUGGCGGAGUCUAAGUUUUCAGGAAGCAUUAAAAAUUGGACUUCCCUAAUGGCUGCUUCUGCUGACAUGACACUAGAGGUUCAUUAUUACAAUGAGACCCAUGCUGUAUGGGAGCCACUGAUUGAGAGAGUGGAGGGGAAGAGACCAUGGAAUUUAAGGCUUGCUGUAAAGAAGAAUCCAGUCCAGGAUAAAAGUUUGAUGCCAGGAGAUUAUUUUAUUCUACUUCCUGAGCCAGAAACAGAAGUUGAUAUUUCUUCAGGAGAUACAAUGAAUAUAACAAUAUCCAAAAGCUGUCUUAAUGUUUUCAACAAUUUAGCAAAAGGUUUUUCAGAGGGCACUGCUUCUACUUUUGACUACUCUUUAAAAGACAGGGCACCUUUUACAGUAACAAAUUCUGUAGGUGUUCCCAUUAAGGUGCAGCCCAAUCAUAAUCUCAGAGUGAUGGGCUCCCUUGAGAAAAGUGAUGUGUGUGAUAUUGAUGCCGGUCAGAAAUUGGAAUUGGAAUAUGCCAGCAUGGAACUUUCAUGUCAAGGGAAGCUAUCUACACUGAGCCGUCAGGAGAGCUCCCUCUUCUCUCUGACCUUUGCACCUCAUGGAUAUACAGAAGUUACAAAAGUCCCUGUUGCCAGACCUGGACGGCGAUUGUAUAAUGUAUGGAAUCCCAAUGCCAGUCAUUUUGACUCACUUGUGGUACAAAUUGAUGCAACUGAAGGGAACAAAGUAAUUACCCUUCGUUCUCCUCUGCAGAUUAAAAACCAUUUCUCUAUUGCUUUCAUCAUCUAUAAAUAUGUUAAGAAUGUGAAGUUAUUGGAGCGCAUUGGAGUAGCCAGACCUGAAGAGGAGUUCCAUGUUCCUUUAGAUUCAUAUAGAUGUCAGUUGUUCAUUCAGCCAGCUGGUAUUUUAGAGAAUCAGUACAAAGAAUCCACCACAUAUAUUUCCUGGAAGGAAGAACUUCAUCGGAGCAGGGAAGUCAGAUGCAUGCUGCAGUGUCCGUCAACAGAAGUCAACUUCUUACCUCUUAUAGUCAAUACAAUUGCUGUGCCUGAUGAAUUAACCUAUAUAUGUACACACAGGGAAGACUGGGAUCCAGCUUACAUCAUUCAUCUUUACCCUACUGUCACUUUGCGGAAUUUUCUCCCAUAUUCUCUAAGAUAUUUACUUGAGGGAACAGCAGAAACUCAUGAGCUAGCAGAAGGCAGUGCUGCCAAUGUUCUACAUUCGAGAAUCAGUGGAGAAAUAAUGGAAUUAGUUCUGGUGAAAUAUCAGGGCAAAAACUGGAACGGACAUUUCCGUAUAUGUGAUACACUUCCCGAAUUCUUUCUUGUGUAUUUUUCUUCUGACUCCACAGAAGCGAUGACAGUUGACCUGUCAAUACAUGUCAAGCGAAUUGGCAGCCAGAUGGAGCUAUCCAUCUUUAGUCCCUAUUGGCUAAUCAAUAAGACUUCUCGAGUUCUCCAGUAUCGUUCAGAAGAAAUUCAUGUGAAACAUCCAGCUGAUUUUAGGGAUAUUAUUUUAUUCUCUUUCAAGAAGAAGAACAUUUUUAGUAAAAAUAAGGUACAGUUAAAAAUUUCAACUAGUUCAUGGUCCAGUGGUUUUUCAUUGGAUACAGUGGGAAAUUAUGGAUGUGUGAAGUGUCCUGCCAACAAUAUGGAAUACCUGGUUGGUGUUAGCAUCAAAAUGAGCAGUUUUAAUCUUACACGAAUAGUUACUUUGACUCCCUUUUAUACUAUUGUGAACAAGUCAUCACUAGAACUAGAAGUUGGUGAAAUUGCACCUGAUGGCUCAAUGCCAACUAAUAAAUGGAACUAUAUUGCUUCUUCAGAGUACCUUCCAUUUUGGCCUGAAAAAUUUUCAGGCAAACUUUGUGUGAGAGUGGUGGGCUAUGAAGGAUCCUCCAAGCCAUUCUUUUAUAACCAACAGGAUAAUGGCACUUUAUUGAGCUUAGAAGAUCUGAAUGGGGGUAUCUUGGUGGAUGUAGAUACCGCUCCACAUUCAACUGUCAUAAGCUUUUCUGAUUACCACGAGGGAUCCGCACCUGCCCUAAUAGUAAACCACACACCAUGGAACAUCCUCACAUAUAAACAGAGUGGGUCACAGGAAGAAAUGGUAUUGCUGCCAAGACAAGUUCGACUCUUUGCCUGGGCAGAUCCCACUGGUACCAGAAAACUUAUAUGGAGUUAUGCAGCAAAUGCUGGGGAACAUGAUCUGUUAAAGGAUGAAUGUGGACAGUUUCCAUAUGAUGCAAACAUCCAGAUACACUGGGUAUCAUUUCUAGAUGGGCGCCAGAGAGUUUUGCUUUUCACUGAUGAUGUUGCCUUGGUUUCCAAAGCACUGCAGGCAGAAGAAAUGGAGCAGGCCAAUCAUGAAAUAACUUUUUCUCUCCAUAGUCUUGGGCUUUCACUGGUUAACAAUGAAAACAAGCAGGAAGUUUCAUAUAUUGGGAUAACCAGUUCUGGUGUUGUUUGGGAGAUGAAACCAAAACAGAAAUGGAAGCCAUUUAGUCAAAAGCAGAUAAUUUUAUUGGAAAAGUCCUAUAAGAAAUAUCUAGAAUCAAGAGACCUUGGCUGGAUUAAACUAGAUGAUAAUUUUGAGGUAAAUUUUGGCAAAGACCCAAUGGAAAUGCGCCUCCCUGUUCGGUGCCCUAUAAAGCGAGAUUUUUUAUCAGGAAUUCAGGUUGAAUUUAAGCAGUCUCCUCACCAAAGAAGUUUAAGGGCCAGAUUGUAUUGGCUUCAGGUUGAUAGUCAGUUACCAGGUACAGUGUUCCCUGUUGUAUUUCAUCCUGUGGCCCCUCCAAAAUCUAUUGCUUUGGAUUCAGAGCCCAAGCCUUUCAUUGAUGUGAGUGUCAUCACAAGAUUUAAUGAGUACAGUAAAGUCUUACAGUUCAAGUAUUUUAUGGUUCUCAUUCAGGAAAUGGCCUUAAAAGUUGAUCAGGGGUUUCUAGGAGCUAUUACUGCACUGUUUACCCCAACAGCUGACCCUGAAGCCGAAAGAAAAUGGACAGAGUUAAUCCAGGAAGACUCUGAUGCUAUAAACACAGAAUUAGUGGAGACCUCAGUGACUGAUACGUCCAUUCUUAGUUUCUUUGAACAUUUCCAUAUUUCUCCUAUUAAGUUGCACUUGAGUUUGUCUUUGGGUUCUGGCGAUGAAGAGUCAGACCAAGAAAACAAGGAAAUGAUUCCAAUUCAUUCUGUCAAUCUGCUAUUGAAAAGCAUAGGUGCUACUCUGACUGAUGUGGAUGACCUUAUAUUCAAACUUGCUUAUUAUGAAAUUCGAUAUCAGUUUUACAACAGAGAUCAGCUCAUGUGGAGUGUUGUUAGACAUUACAGUGAACAGUUCUUGAAACAGAUGUAUGUCCUUGUAUUGGGCUUAGAUGUGCUUGGAAACCCAUUUGGAUUAAUUAGAGGUCUGUCAGAAGGAUUUGAAGCUUUAUUCUACGAACCCUUCCAGGGUGCUGUUCAAGGCCCUGAAGAAUUUGCUGAGGGGUUAGUAAUUGGAGUAAGAAGUCUCUUUGGACACACAGUAGGUGGUGCAGCAGGAGUGGUAUCUCGAAUCACCGGUUCCGUUGGAAAAGGUUUGGCAGCAAUUACAAUGGACAAAGAAUAUCAGCAAAAAAGAAGAGAAGAGAUGGGUCGGCAGCCUAAAGAUUUUGGUGACAGCCUGGCCAAAGGGGGAAAGGGCUUCUUGCGUGGAGUCGUUGGUGGAGUGACUGGAAUAAUAACAAAGCCAGUGGAAGGUGCCAAAAAGGAAGGAGCUGCUGGAUUCUUUAAAGGAAUUGGAAAAGGGCUUGUGGGUGCGGUGGCUCGUCCAACUGGUGGAAUAAUAGAUAUGGCCAGCAGCACCUUCCAAGGAAUCCAGAGAGUGGCAGAAUCAACUGAAGAAGUGACCAGGCUCCGUUCCCCUCGCCUGAUCCAUGAGGACGGCAUCAUUCGCCCUUAUGACAGACAGGAAUCUGAGGGCUAUGAUUUAUUUGAGAAUCAUAUCAAAAAGUUAGAAGGAGAGACUUACCGAUACCACUGUGUUAUUCUGGGAAGGAAGAAGACAAACCUUAUGGUUACAAAUAGACGAGUGUUGUGUAUAAAGGAAGUUGAAAUCCUAGGCCAUGUGUCUGUAGACUGGCAAUACCCAUUUGAAGAUUUUGUACAGUCUCCUAUUGUUGAUGGAAAUCUGCUCAAAAUUUCAGUUGAGAAACAAGGUCUGUUCCAAAAAAGAGACAGUGCCAAUCAAGGCUGUGUCCAGAAAAUUUACCUGCAGGAUGUCACCACAGCAGAGAGAGCAUGUCGUGCCAUUGAGGAUGCAUGGUCAAUGAGACAACAGCAAAAAUUGAUGAAGCAAUCAUCACUGAAACUUCUCAGGCCCCAAAUACCAUCUUAAUCACAGAUCCCAGGGGGCUGCAGCUGGGAGAAAAACCAAUCACAGUCUUGUCUGUAAACCACUCUUCUUCAAGGAAGCCUUUAGUUUUGGAAUUUUUUUCUAGAGUAGUUAGUUUUGGAUUUUCCAUUUUUCCCCCUUAGUUUUGGCUCUAAUUUUGUAGCUGUGUGUAUGAUAGCAGUCCACUUCUACACUGCCACCUGGAUGGGUCAGACCCUUAAAGAAAUAUCACUUUAAACUCAGAGUGAAAUUUCCAUUAAAAUUGUGAAACAAAGGGUAAUAGCUUGUUUUUAAUUAAAGUCCAUACUGAAAAAUAAGAAAGGAGCUUAGAAUGACUAGUGUUCUGUGAGAGCUUUUAUGGACAAGUCUUUGAACAAAUGUUGUAUAUUUUGUUCAAUAAUUGAACUGAUACAACAUUUUUGGUAAACCAGGUGAUUGACUUAAGAAAAACCACUAAAGGGAGACAUGACAUGUUUCCUAUUUUCUUUUCAUGAAAGCAUUAUUUUCUCCUAAUAAAAACACGUUUUGAUUUGGCGCUUAUUUUUCCUCCUUGCACUGUAAUAUAAAGACAAAUGGAAAAUCAAACCUUAAAAUAUCUAUACUCUGUUCUCUGGAAGUUUUGGAGAUUAUUUACAUGCUGUUUCGAGAUGAACUUAUAUGGCAUGAUCAAUGUGCUGAUGCAUGAAAAUAUUGCACUUUAAGUUUUUCAAGAGUCAGAAACAUGAAAAAAAUGAAUAUUUUUAUAUUUCUAGAACUUGUAUUUUAUAAGUUGAAAGAUUUUUAAGGGCAUCAUAAUUAACACUUAAUUUUAAUGCAUACGUAGAAAUGUAUUUUAAAUACUUAGUAGGAAUAAUGAAAGAGCUCUAGCUGCUUUAUAUAUAAAUAAAGUAAGGCAUCUAACAACACUGAGGAAAAUCAUUGGUAGUAUCCUUUGAGCGAGCAGGCCUGUAAGAAUCAGCUCCAUACACUCUCAUUUUUGUUCUUUCUGCAUCCCAUUUGUGCUGGUCAGAGAUGCACUGCCUAUUAAAGCUUUUUAAAAAAUGCUCAAAAGUACUUAAUUUCCUUGGAUGAAUCUUUAAAUUUGCUCAUGGUUUUUAACAUGGCAUUUACUUCAAAUCACUGAAUUAAUGAUGAAAUGAAGUUGUGCACAAACUUGAUUUGCUCUGUUUUUGUUGAUAUGUGUGGUAAUGUUUCUACUAUCCUUAUUCUUGUUUUUUAAGACUGGCCUUACAACUUUAAAAAAUUUUCCUAGUUAUAAAUUUACAGUAGACUCCAAAACAAAGGGUAUAAUAACUAAUGCCCUAAAUAUUUGAUAUGUUAUGGUGGUCUUUGCCUUUUUCACCAUCACUUUUUUUUUCUGUCAAGGAAAAUAUUACAUUCAAAACUUCUAGCUUUAAGCAGAAUUUCUGUUAAUUGCACUUUAUUCAAGUGUACUAAUAUUUUGUGCCUUUUAAAACUGACAAUCAGGAAUUUGAGGUAUCUGAUUAUAUUUUUCAUAUGAAUCACAGCUAUUGACAAUAUCCUAAAUAUUUAAGUAAUUAUAUUGUACUGAUGGCAUGUACAAAACACUGAACUAAGAAAAAGUAAUUUAUAGAAACCCAUAAAUUCAUCAUCUCAGUUGGCUCAGAAAUAAAAUUCCAAUAUUUGUACCAUUUUUAUUUGAUUUAAUCCCCUGGGACAGAAGUAAUUGAUUAAUAAAGUGUAAUAAUGUCUAUUGUGUUUUUUUAAAUGCUUUGAGAGUCAACUGCUUGCAUAUGAGAGAAAUAAAACAUUUGGUACGUUGUU